AUGCAGUUCGUAGCCCGGCAGCUACAGUUGAUGAACACUGGUAUGGACAGAAGGAUGGCAUUUAAACAGACGGAGGAAGAGUUCCGCGAUAGGAGGAAGAAGUUGGAAGAGCAACAGAAGAUUGAGAUGGCUAUGGCUUGGAACUCCGCUAUAGUGCCAGCGUUCGGUAGUAAUCGACGACCUAACCCCCUCUAUCCCAACGGCCUUGCCUAUGCUCGACAGAGGGAGGCUGAGCUGAGGGAACUCCAUCUACGGCGAAUCCUGUCGAGAGUGCGUGGUUUCCGAUUUGGUAAGCUGAAGCAGGCCUAUAAGGAUGCUGGUAGGGAAGAGGAGGAGAUAAAGAGUCUUAUGAAGAUGCCUAGACGCUUGGAGGUCGAACAGGAGCGUGCAUCGUUAGUGGGUAAACUACACGCAUCGAAGUAUCGUCGAUGGGAGGGGAUGCAGGCCAUGGGAGUAUCUCGAAGGCAACAACGACGUCAUACAGCGGCGGCACUUGAGGCUGCUGAGAUGCUCGAUCCUAUCGUGGACGAGGAGGAUGAGGAAGAAGAACUCUUCGGAGUUGAUGAUGAUGAAACACUACUGGGCGAGGAUGCGGUGGAGGGUGCUACGGAGAUCGCCGAGGCAAUAGCUUUUGAUGAGUCCAAGUACUCCGCAGCUCCGUUGAAGAAGAGUAGAGUGGCAGCAUCAUUGAAGGAGUUACUUAAUGAUGAUAAUGAUGAAGCAAUACCAUCGUUGUCUACGCUGAGAGAGAUGUAUGGGGUUGGGAAGUCUAAUCCUUUCGUCGGGAAUCCUUUCGAAGGCAACAAACCCGACUCGGACGAGGCGGAGCAGUGGGAGGUUGAAGACUUCGAGCGUGAGAUGUCCGACCAAGUGAUUGGGAAGCCAACGUUGAAGCCUAAAUACGGUAAGAAAAAGGGACCUCGUCCUUACUAA